AUGCCUUCUCCUCAGAAUGUACGUCGGCUUGUCCUGACUGUCGCCGUCACAUCGAUUACGAUCGCAAGCUCACUUUACGGCGCAGGGCUGAAGACAAACGAGGAAAUUGCGGAAACCACACGAAAACGCCAAGAAGCCACUUUCGAGGAACAACUGGCAGCUCUCCAGAACAUGCGCUCCAGCCUCACCUCCCGCAAAGGCCUUCUCGAGAAACAAAUUCGAGAAUUGGAUGCAAAGAUGGAGGAAAAGAAACAACGAGCCGUUUCGGGUAACAUGAAUGCGGAAGAACACAGUCGGCGCUGA